GGUGGCUGCUUCAAACUGUCAGGGAAGCAGGCUAUAAAAGUGAGAGGGACGGCACUUCGGAGGAUUGUGGUCCACACUGCACUGAACUUGUCACUUGUUGCUCAAAGAAGAACACUGCUGUGCCAUAAAGAAUCUCGCGAGCAGAAACCAGCAAACGGAUCGCGGCGAUGCUGGUUCCACGUGUGCUCCGCUCGGUGUUGUGCGUUCUCAGCUGCGUUUGUGCGUGCGUGGAAACCGCCUCGCGCCUCAAGUCUCACUCGCUGCCUAUCCAGUCUGAGAGAGAACCUCUGCCUUCUAAAGGCCUGUCAGGAUGCUCAUUUGGGGGUCGUUUCUAUUCGCUAGAGGACUCAUGGCACCCAGAUUUGGGGGACCCCUUUGGUGUCAUGCAUUGCGUCCAGUGCCACUGUGACCCUCAAAAGAGUCGCCGUGGAAAGGUAUUUGGGAAAGUCAACUGCAAGAACAUAAAGCAGGACUGUCCUGAUCCAGACUGUGAUGAUCCCAUCCUGUUGCCGGGACACUGCUGCAAAACCUGUCCAAAAGGUGAGGAAGGCAAGAAACAAACUAAUCCGAUUCCGGACAGCUUUGAGUAUUUCCAUGAAAAGGGCAAAGGCAAGGAGGACGACCUGCACAAAUCUUACAAUGACAGAUCCUACCUGAGCUCAGAGGACAUGGGCCCGGAGGAGAGCCGCACUGACUUUGUAGCGCUGUUGACAGGAGUGACAGAAUCAUGGUUGCCGAGCUCCAGCGCAGUUGCCAGAGCUCGCUUCUCCUUGACCAGAACCAGCCUGGCCUUUUCCAUCACGUACCAAAAAAUGGCCCGUCCCAGUAAAAUCCUCUUCCUGGGUACAGAUGGCGCCGCUGCUUUUGAGUACAAAGUCCCUAAGGGACAGUCCGACAUGAUCUGCGGUGUAUGGAAAAACGUUGCCAAGCCUUUUCUACGGCAGCUGCAGAAUGAGCAGUUGCACAUAAGCAUGAGCGCGUCAACCGGUAGACCGGAGGAAGUGGAAGGGAAGGUCAUCAAACACAGGGCUCUGUUCGCUGAGACAUUCAGCUCAACGCUGACGUCAGAGGAGGAGAACGCAGGCAUGGGAGGCAUCGCCAUGUUGACGCUAAGUGACACGGAGAACAACCUCCACUUCAUCCUCAUUCUUCAAGGCCUUAUCAAAAACAAAGACAAAGAACCCCUUCUGCUUCCUAUUCGUGUGCAACUGCUUUAUAGGCAACACAUCCUGAGAGAGAUCCAGGCCAAUAUCACAUCUCAUGAUCCAGAUUUUGCGGAGGUGUUGACAGACCUGAAUAGCCGCGAACUCUUUUGGCUCUCUCGCGGGCAGCUCAAGAUCGCCGUGGCAACAGAGGGUCACCGUUCCCAGCAGAUCUCAGGAUUCAUUACUGGCAGAAAAUCCUGUGACACUAUCCAAAGCGUGCUGUCCAGCGGUGAUGCGCUGACUCCUGGGAAGACAGGAGGCACGGGCUCCGCCAUCUUUAACCUUCAUGAUAACGGCACGUUGGAUUAUCAGAUUCAAGUUGCAGGUCUUACCGGAGACAUGAUCGGCCUCACAAUCGAGUUGAAACCACGGCGGCGAAACAAGCGCUCUGUACUGUACGAUUUAACACCGGAGUACAAUAAGGCCACGGGAAGAGCAGUGGGCAGCUGGAGUCGCUUAGAAGCCCGAAGCAUUCACAUGCUGCUGCAGAAUGAACUCUUCAUCAAUGUGGCUACGGGUCAAAACCAAGAUGGGGAACUACGGGGCCAGAUCAAAGCACUGCCCUAUAGUGGCCUGGAGGCUCCGAGGCAUGAGUUGCCCAGCCCUCUUGCCGGCCACUUUGUGUCGCCCCCAAUUAGAACCGGGGCUUCUGGCCACGCCUGGGUAUCGGUGGACAAAUAUUGUCACCUUCAUUAUGAGAUUGUUGUGGCUGGCCUCAGCAAGGCUGAAGACCUGACCGUGAAUGCGCAUCUGCACGGCCUCGCUGAGAUCGGUGAGCUGGAUGACAGCAAUAUCAAUCACAAGAGACUGCUGACUGGCUUCUACGGCUCACAGGCUCAGGGAGUGUUGAAGGACAUCAGUGCAGAAUUACUGCAGCACUUGGACCAAGGAACGGCCUUCAUCCAGGUCAGCACCAAGCUGAACCCAAGGGGAGAAAUCCGUGGAAGGGUCCAUGCGCGCAACAACUGCGAGUUUGGGAAUAAAGGGGACGUUGAUGAGGCCGAGUUUGACGACCUUUUUGUCAAAGAUCCCGAAAUGUUGAAGAAAGACCCUCAUACCUGCUCCUUUGAGAACCAGUACCAUGCUCACGGAGCCAGCUGGACUCCCAACUAUGAUAAAUGUUUCUCCUGUAGUUGCCAGAAGCGAACUGUGAUCUGUGAUCCCGUAAUCUGCCCGGUGUUGACAUGUUCCAAAACUAUCCAGCCCGACGAUAAAUGCUGCCCAAUCUGUGAUGAGAGGAAGGACGUAAAGGACACAAAAGCUCUUGAAAAAGUGGAAGAAAAUCCUGAAGGUUGUUAUUUUGAGGGAGACCAGAAAAUGCAUGCCCCAGGAACGACAUGGCAUCCUUUUGUACCUCCCUUUGGUUACAUUAAAUGUGCCGUCUGCACUUGCAAGGGCUCAACAGGCGAGGUACACUGCGAGAAAGUGACGUGUCCACCGGUGACAUGCAGUCAUCCCGUGAGACGAAAUCCGUCGGACUGCUGUAAAGAAUGUCCGGAGGAGGAGAAGACACCCAGCGCCCUGGAACACACCGACAUGAUGCAGGCGGAUGGGCCGAGACACUGCAAAUUUGGCAAGAACUAUUACCACAACAGCGACAACUGGCAUCCAUGGGUGCCCUUGGUAGGAGAGAUGAAGUGUAUCAACUGCUGGUGUGAUCAUGGUGUGACCAAGUGUCAGCGAAAGCAAUGUCCAGUGCUUACCUGCUCCAACAUCACUCGCAGAGAUGGCUCGUGCUGUCCUGACUGCAUCGAUACGAGAGGCAACGAUGAACUCGUCAUGAAGGCUCUCGACAAACAGCUAAGCCAGACACUGACCUAACCCAGAACACUCAAAUAACCCCGAUGACGACUUUGCCAACCCUUCACCCAAACCCAGAGCUGCACACUGGGCCCAUCAAUUCCCCCCCCUCCCCCACCAUCUCCCACCCACCUUGUCGUCAGCUUUAAGAUUGUAAAAGACAGAAACGAGCACAGGAGGAAAAUGAGAAGAUGAAAACUUUAACGAAUGACAGAAUUUUCCAAGGGAUUAGUGACCUUGGAGAGGACCAAACAGACGUUACAAACUAGCAGACCUCCGCUUCCUGUCUUGAAAUUUUCCUGGAGAUUUUUGCUUGCUUAAAAAAAAAUAGUCAGCAGCUUUGCAGCAUUUGAAUGGAAGCUUUAGGCUGUUUAGUGAGUUUCAGUUGAACGUCGCUGACAGGCCUUCUCUUUUGGAGCCCAGCCAUAGAUACUGUACUAUAGCUACUUCAAGUGCUCUCACUGGACAAUGUAAGACAUGCAUGAAUGUGUGAAUCUGUCUGAAUCAGAGUAUGUGUGUGUGUGUGUGUGCGUGUGUGUGUGUGUGUGUGUGUGUGUGUGUGUGUGUGUGUCUAUGUGUGCGUGUGAUGCCUUGUAAAUUACAGUUUAACAGCUGUACAGAUGACAGAAAUCAUUCUGGGUGGCAAGGCCCAUUUCAACUUUUAGAGAAAAGUGAAACAGGGACAGCGUUUGUUUUUCUUUGUUUUGGGGGAAUUUCAGUGAGUUACCAAAAAGAUUCUUGUCCCCUUAGAGUGUAUUUCCACACAAGUGAACCCGUCAAUGUUUUUCUUUUUCUAUUUUUCUUGGGGGGAGGGGGGCAGCAUUGAGAUCACAUUGAGAAGCUCCAAGAUGCUUUGUUGCUUUUUUCGCUGCCAACCUUGAGCCUCUUGUUGAUCUCAGUUUUGCUCCGUUUCACUUGUUCCUACUUUGCCACCUGCCUGUUUGGAGUAAAGUAAUAUUGUCAGAUUUGUUUUCAAAUGAAGAACAUGAAGCUGGUUUGUAUUUGUAUUUAUUGAAUGAUGUGGAGCACAAAUAAAACAGAUGAUGGGGAAAUCUGCGGUGGUGUUUUUGAUACUCCUAAUCCCCUAUUUUCUUUUCAUGCUUAAUUCAUUUCAUUUUAACGAUUUCAUUUUGUGGGCUGAAUAUGUAACACAGAAACUGAAUCUGAAUAAUUUAUAUUUGAAGUUGAAUUGCUUAACUUGAAUAAGCUCAUUGAAAACCUGAAUUUGUGUCCCUUUGGAGAAGAAAAAAAAACAAUAACGACGUACUGACGACAG